GCAGUAUCCUAGCAACAAAGAAAACAACAAAGCUUCCUUGAUGUGUCGGUGAUGCAUACUGUAGGAUGACGCCUGGCAGAUAGUAGCAUUGAUUAAAAGACAUCAGUGGACAUUUACUUACACGUUAGUUUGCACUUUUUGAAAAAUGAAUCAGGCCGAGAAUGGAGGGGAAGAGCGAGAGGAAAGUGGACCAUCGGUGCAGUCCGAAAACCCGGAGGAGCGAAUAGCCGCUCGCCGCCUGCGGAUAGCAGCUAGGAUUGAGGCGAAGAAACGAGAAGCUCUAGGAGACAGCAGCCAUGAAAAGAAAGAUAAGGAAGAAAUGAGAAAAAGCCAGAAGCAGGUGGAGCAGAGCUGUAAGAGAAUGAUUAAACUGCAGGCUGAUGGGACAGAGCUGGUCACCAAUAUUCAGGUAGCAGGAGACUGGAAAGAGUCUCAGAGGAGGACUGAAGAGGAGGAGGCAAGGAGGCAGAGGUACAUGAGGAACAUAGCUGAGUCCCUCCUUCACAAACACAGCCAUUCAGCAGGAAAUUACAGUACCUUUAAAGAGAAGCUGGAAAGUGAAGCCAAGACCAGUUUGGAGAAGUUUGAGGAAAUCACAAAGAAGUGGACAUCAGCCAGAAUGAAGGAGAUCCCUCAGGACUUGAGGGAAGCACUCAACAUGCAGCAACAGCAAUGCGCUCUUCUUAUUGAGGAGAAGAACAAGCUCAUUACUGACCUACAGCAGGAACUGAAAGCAAGUGAUGAUCGCUACGUUAAAGACUUGAAGAAACAAGCAGAAGACAUCGACCUCAUGAUUGAGAGAAUGGAAGAACAGAUAAAGAAUCUGAUUAAAUCCUACAGAGAAGAACUGGACCAGAUUGAGAAAGCCUUUGAACUAGAACGUCGGGAACUUCUAGACAACAACCGCAAAAAAUGGGAACAGAUGAUGCAGAGUCGUCGGGACAAGGAGCUGGAGUACCUCAUCCUGAGGAUGAAGCGAGUGGAAGAGCACGAGAAGCAGCUGCAGCAGCUGAGAGUGGAGGAUGCUGAGGAGUACAACAUGAUCAAGAUCAAGCUUGAGACAGACGUUCAGAUCCUGGAGCAGCAGUUGCAACAGAUGAAAGCCACCUAUCAGCUGAACCAGGAGAAACUGGAGUACAACUUCCAGGUGCUGAAAAAGAGAGAUGAGGAGAACACAAUCACCAAGUCGCAGCAGAAGAGGAAAAUCACUAGACUGCAGGAUGUUUUGAACAACCUCAGGAUAAAAUGUGCCAAACAGGAGAAACAAAGUCGUGAGGAAAAUCACUCCCUCACUGAUGACUAUAAAAGAAUUAUGCAGCAGUACAAGGAAAUGCAAAAGAAAAUAAGACACUUUGCUGCUAUCGAUGCAAAGACAUUCGAGGAUAUCUGGCUGAUGAAUGAGGCGGAGGUGAAAGAGCUGGUAGAGAAGGCCUUGCAGACGGACCGCCUCAUUCACGAGCAGCAGCUGGGUGUGGCCUGGGUGCGGCCUCCUCUGCCCUUCAUGGAGCACUUGGGACCCAUCAUCCCACAAAGAAAGCUGAAGAAAUCUGCCGGGCAGCUGGCUGGAGAGCUGCUGAGAUCAGGAGGUAGCCAAACCAGCAGGGAAGAGAAAGAGGAGGCAGAGCCAACAGCAGCAGUCUCACCAAGCAGUGUUCUCCCUAUCCAGGAUCAGGAUGUAACAGACACUGAACAUCCAGUGAGCACUGCUGAGGAUCACAUGAAAAUCUCUGCAAAAACAGUCAAGAGACUGCUGGAGAUCCUGUGUGAUGAGACGGGUUUCUUGAUUGAAAGCAAAUUACUCAAAUUACUUUCUCCCUUGGAGAAAGAUGAACAGUCCCUCAUGAAACUGGAUGCCAUAUUCCUGGCUCUGGGAAUUGAGAAUGAAGAAGAUGUGUACAAGCUAGCUGAUUUCUUCAUGACGUACAAGCAACAACAGAAGGAAGAUGAAGAUGAAGAUUGUUCCUCAGGGGAGAUGUCCCAGGAACAGAGAAGGAGCAGAGUACUGGAGAGAGAAGAUUCUUCUUCAGUGCCACAUAGCUCUUCAUUAGAUCCAAUUCAUCCCAAUGACGUCCUGAAGGCACUGCAAGCCUUUACCACAGAGUACUGCAGACCAAGGGAGAAGUACCUGCAGUCUAAUGUACUAAACCUUGAGGAAAGAGAUGACUCUGAAGACCGUGCAUAUUGGGAAUCCAUGGCUAACGUUAUCCCUGAAUCCAAGCUAAAAAUCUGGGAUGCCUUGGAGACUGCUUUGGAAAAAUACUACAAUGUUCUAACUGAGAGGGCUAAGCUGAUUGAUGAAACAGAUGGUUUGAAACAGCAGAAUGCAGAGCUUAGGAUGUUACUGCAUCAGUAUGUCAAUUCAAGGGUGAAUGCUGAGCUGGAGAUUCCACCGACACAAGUGAUGCAACUUGAGCCUGCUUGGAACUGAACACCACCAUGUAAAUUGUUGUAGGAUCUUGCUUUUUGGUUACUUCAAUAUUCAGUAUGGAUUAAUGUACUUCAUAUUAAAAUCUUCUUGGUUCCAUAGGGCACUGCUCAAUGUCUUUCUGCAUUGUUAAGUCACUGAUUAUUAAAGACAGCACUUUUUCACCUUA